UCAAAUACGGUUUUGCAGUCGACUUCUUCGGAUCAUUCUUCUGUGUGUAGUUUUUGUAAAAUUUAUUUUUGUUAAAUAUUUUCUAAAAAUAGUUAAAUAAUUUCUUGAAAAAUAUGUGCAAAAGUAAACGCAGAAGUUAAAGCGUAUAUAUAAUUAUAUAUUUUUAAAAAAUACAACAACAAAAUCAAGUGUUUUGAGUUGGAAAAAGUGUGAAAAAAUUACUCAUCAAAGAUAGAAAAAAGCCAGAAAAUCUUGAAGAUUUUUCAUAUAACUUUUUUUUUAACAUUGCAACUUUUGUGCUGCUGCCUCUGUUGCUGUUUUCCUGAGUCUGUCUGGCUGAUGUGUGCAUAAAAAUAAAUAUUAAAAAAAGUGUUGCUUGUUUGUUUAAUUUUCCUUCUUUCCUAUUUGAUGCCACAACAUAGCGACUGCUCUGCCGCGGCUGACGCAGCAAACGUCUUAACAAUAAGAAAAACUUUACAAUAAACUAAAAAAUUUACAAUAAAUUUAUUGUUUUUUGUGUUAUUUUUUAUGUUAAAUGCAGUACACACAUCUAAACAUUUAUCAACCCACUAGAAAUAUUGUGCAGCGUAUAUCAAUAACUAACAACAACGAAUUCUAAAACGACAAAUAAUAUAAAAGCAUAAUUUAAUAAAAAACAAAAAAAAAAAAAAAACUAAUAGUUGUUGUUGAUUGAUUUCUAUAUUUUACUGCCCGUGUUGGUUUUCAAUAUUUUUUUAUGUGUGAAAGAUAUGUUUUUUAAUUAAAAAAAAAGAAAACAUACAUAAAUAAAUAAAGCAAACAUUUACAUAAAUAUAGUAAAAGAAAUAUUAAGUGAUUUUAAAAAAUACAAAUAUUGAAGUGUUUCAAAUACAAUACACAAUUGUUGGUAUCGAAUACUUAAGAACGUUAAACAUUAUAUAAAUCAAAUCAAAAUUUAAAGCGCCUUAUAGGAGAAGCAAUUCAACUCCAUAAAAAUUAAUUGCAAAAUAUUUUGAAAUUAUUUGUAUGCCCCACAAUAAGCAGAAAAUUAAACAAAACGACGUCUCUAUAUUUAGCGUUUAAAGAACACAAUUACAAAAAAAUAUGGAUCAACCACUUAUAGUACAGGCCGAAUAUUCCUUCAAGGGUGGCAAUAAUGAUGAAUUGUGUUUCAAAAAAGGUGAUCUAAUCACAGUAACACAACGCGAAGAGGGUGGUUGGUGGGAAGGUACACUUAACGAUAAGACUGGCUGGUUUCCCAGCAAUUAUGUUAUGGAAUAUAAAGCUCCCCUACCGAUCACAGACUCUAUCAGACCACCUGAAGAGAUACAAGAAUAUAGAUCGGUUGUAUUGAAAGAUCUUUUGGAUUCGGAGAGAGCACAUGUUGCAGAGAUUCAGGGUUUAUUGGAGAACUUUUUGGAACCGUUGCAACAGACACAAAUACUCAAUGCUGAUGAGUAUGCUCAAUUAAUGUGCAAUUUUGUAGAGGUUGUCAAGACACACGAAGAGUUACUUACGCAAAUGGAAGAGUGUAAUGAUCGUGUGGGUAAAUUAUUUCUAAAUAAGGCACCAUAUAUGAAACAAGUACACCAAGCCUAUUGUGCACAACAUCCCAAAGCUAUUGUUAUAUUAGACAAAUACAAAGAUGAAUUAGAAAAAUAUAUGGAACGUCAAGGUGCUGCCACUCCUGGUCUUUUAGUACUCACAACGGGUUUGUCAAAACCUUUUCGCCGUCUCGAUAAAUACUCGGCCAUGUUGCAGGAGUUGGAAAGACACAUGGAGAGUAGUCAUCCGGAUCGUGGUGAUACACAACGUAGUGUAGCGGUUUACAAAGAUAUUGCUGCCACCUGUUCUGCUACACGCAGACAAAAGGAACUAGAACUACAAGUAUUAACUGGCCCUGUACGUGGCUGGCAGGGUCAAGAAUUAAGUUCUUUAGGAGAAAUUAUACAUAUGGGCAGUGUAGCGGUUGGUUCCGAUCAUCGUGAUCGUUAUUUUGUUUUAUUUCCUCAGACAUUACUUAUAUUAAGUGUUAGUCAAAGAAUGAGUGCCUUUAUUUAUGAGGGCAAACUACUGCUAACCGGCAUCAUAGUUAAUCGUCUCGAAGACUCCGAUACCUUUAAAAAUGCCUUUGAAAUCAAUAGUCCUCUUAUUGAUCGUAUAGUUGCUGUGUGCCAAGGACCUAAUGAUGCCAAUAAAUGGGUGGAAUUACUAACAUCUACCAAUGUCAGUAUGCCCAUUGGCAUUAAACGUCAACUUAGUAAUUUAAGUAAUGCUUCCAUAGGUGGCGCUCAUAUAUCUACACCACCCAAUCAUUUUUCAUAUAAUUUGGAUGCUCGUGGUUAUUGUACCCGGUUUUCUUUAUGUGCCUACUACAAUACGCCACAACAAGCCACCUAUCGUAUUACUCUGCCGCCCAGUAAUUAUCCACCUACGGCACCAUAUGCCAAUUUAAGCGAUCAUUUUGCCAAAUUAGUUAAGAAGGGUUUGCUUAAGGGAUUUUUAAUAAAAAUGUUAUUGUAUCCCCAAUCAAGACAGAGUAUUGAUAUGAAAAGUAUUCCAUUAAGAAAGAGAAGAUGCCAUAAAGCUUCUAAGAAGUUAAUAAAAAAGUUUACUAACGAUGAGGCAGAUUCGGGUUCAUCGGAUCGUACUGAACUUGAAAGACAAGAUGCUUUUGAAUUGCCCACUGAUUCGGAGAGUGAGGGAGAGGAUAUUGAUGUACAUGAUGAUUUUGAAUUUAUAAAAUUUAAUAGUGAUAAACGUGGCCUAGAGGGUUGUGAUUCCUUUGCUUCGGCGGGUACUUUUAUAGAUCAUGGCUCGGGUGCUGCCUCUCCCCACAAAGCUAGACAUUGUUCUUCUAUUAACUUAAUUAAUUUGGAUUCUAUGAGUGAUGAAGAAAGUAAACCUAUGAAAAAGGAAUCCUUGGUUAUAGGUUCAAAAACGAUGAGAGCUAUAGCAAGAAAGUCUUCCCAGCAAAGUUUUAUCAUACAUACCUCGGAAGCACAUUUGGAACUGGGUUCCCAUAUGACAACACUAGAAAAACCGGCUCUAUUGCAACAACAAACCUCGGAAAACUCAGAAAUGUCUUCCUGCUACAAUGGUCGUGCUUUAGGGGCGGCAUAUGUGGCCUGCGAAAACCUGGCCGAUUUGUCAGAUGAUGCUAAAAUUAAAAACACUACCUCAGAGUUAACGAUAUCACCUCCCGAACGCCAUAGUAUGCCAAAUAUGUUUGUGGGUAACCGUUUUAAUCGCAGCUCCAAAACAGCAGUAUACGUGCCUACCUGGAAAGAUCGUCAGGAUAUGCAAAAUCAAUCGGCCGAUGUGGCGGAAAGUUGUGAUUUAACGACGGAGGAAGAAAUUCAUUCUAGUUGUUUAGAUUUGCCUGCUUCUUGCCGAGAUGCUCCAGACAAAUUGACUGCCGAAUUAUUGUAUAAUUUCGAAGAAAGUGAUGUUAUAGCUCCACCCUCUAUGUAUAAAAGUUUAGGUCAAAGCCAAAAUCAAACAAUGACAAAUAUGCCUGGCAGCGUAUCACAAACAGAAUUAUGUAUUGAACCCAAGAGAUCUAGUAGAGAUUCACAAAAACGAGAAUCCGUUAAGCGUUGUAUAUCAUAUCAUUAUGUACCCUUAGCCAAUGAAACACCAGCUCAGCCCAAUAGAAAUAAUUCCAAUCCUAAUUUAAGAACGGCAUCAAAUGAUCCCACUCCUCAUCUUCCUUCAUCUUCACUGCCUAACACACAAGCUCAACCAACAACCCAACGUUUUGGCAAUGGAGAUGAAGUCGAUGGUCAUCAGUCUUCCUCUAAAUGUAAAUGUUGUGAAAGUUCUCAAUGUCCUAGUCCACGUUCGAGUGAUUCAGGAUUGGCGGGUAGUUGUACCAUAACUUCACCCGAUCCGCCACAAAACGAAGAAGCCUACGAGGCCUAUUACGAUGUAGAUGGUUCCCUUAAAUUGAUCUCCAAAACGGCUAAUGCAGCCGAAACAAAUGAUCUCACACGAUUUGAUGUAUGCGGAACAUUUCGUGAAAAAUUCCUAGAGGCUAUACAGCAAACUAAUGAAAUGCAUCAACAAACCUGUACGGAAACUCAAUCCCAAUUGCCGACCACAACGUUAACCUCCACAACAGCAGAAUUCCAAAUAAAUCGUAAAAGUAUUUAUAUUAAUUCAUUAGCAUCCACUAAUUCCCACGAAGCAGCUGCAGCUACUUCAAGUCAUACUCCUAACUCUAAUGCCGAAAACUCGGAUGAUAUUAAUCCUGAAACUGGAAUGUUUCGUUCGGGCAUGUAUGCCCACUGGUGGAAGAAAGAAACGCUGCCUAAAGAUGUCAUUAAAGGCAUAGCAAAAGUCUAUAAUAAACGUUUACCCUCGACACAAUCGAGCAAAGAGUCCCACUGUUCUGUUUGCUCAAGCUGUUUUUGUUCUAUGGAGGCCAGUGGUUUCAGUGAAGGCGCCACCUAUUGCUCUAUCUGCCAGGAUUGCUCUUCAUCCUUUUGCAGUGUUUCACGCAAUGAUUUACCCACAAAUACUACCACUACCAUUACAGCAGCCGAUUGUCCACUCUGCUGCAAUACACGUAAUUCAACACAUAGAAACAGUAAUACGGCUAGCGUUUUAGCUAGUCCCAGCUCAUCGUUUGAUUGUCCCAUAUGCAGUGGUGCCUAUAUAGCACGUCCCGAUUCAUUGGGUUCGAUUAGGGAAGAUGUUCAGCAGUAUCAAACGCAGCAACAGCAGCACUAUCAACAACAACAGCAACAACAGGCGUUUGCAGAAGAUGUCCCCGCCAGCCAAUCUGAGCUUAUUAAGUCAACGCAUGAACAGUCAACAGCAACAACAGCAGCAACAAUCCACAACGAACUCAAUGGUGGGGAGAGAAAACCCAGUAACAGUAGUGGCAGCAGCACAGGCUCAGAGCAGUCAGCAACAACAGCUGCUACAGCAGCAGCAGCAACAGUCGUCGUCGGCACUUCCGUCACAACACAAACGGAGCCUUUCGUUCAAUCAUCACCUCAGUUACAAUCAAUACACACACACUCAGCAUCAACAGCCUCAUCAAAUGCAUCAUCAACAACAACCACCAAGUCUACCAAAUCAUCCAGUGGCAGCUCAAAACCACAAAUCAAAUUUAGUCCAGACAUCGAACAGUAUUUCGAAGAUAAUGGGCCCAGCACUUCCAGCACAAAACAUGGCCACAAACGCAAGGACCGGAAGCACAAAAGCUAAUUGGAGCAUAACAAAUAUGCGUCCAGCACCACCCCUACGACCCAAUCUUUUGAAUUGCAAUACUACCAGUGGCGGUGGCAGUAGUGGUAGCCGUAGUGAUGGUGGUGGUGGUGUGGCCAGUUUGAAUUCCUUAU